AUGCCUUGGGGAUACCAACUCCGAGGCCAGCUGCUGGGUGAAGAUCAAGUGAACCUGCACAGCGUCCUGCAGACCAAACACCGCGACUACAGUCAUCAGGAUAAAAAAUAUAAAUGCCAGGACUUCUCAACCACCCGCCAGUGGGCUGUUGUCACCGAAACUAAUGGGAAGGAAGAACUGGCCGUUUUUGAUGCUGUGAUGGUUGGUGUCACUCACCAUAUACAUCCAUAUGUCCUGCUGGAGUCCAUCCGAGAUAUCGAGAAGUUCAAGGGCCAGUAUUUCCACAAGACCCGUCAGGGAUGCGAAGGGAAGACCAUUUUGGUGUUUGGUCUGGGGAAUUUGGGGUUGGACAUGGCAGUGGGGCUCUCCCCAGAGGCCAAGGAGAAAGUGGACCCCUCCAGAGCAGAAGGAACGGUUAAGCCCCGUUCACAGCCCGGGUGCCUGGUGGAGAGAGCAGGGAUGAGAGUGGCAGUGGUGGGUGUGGGCGUCAGCGGGCUGACGGCCACCAAGGGCUGCCUGGAAGAGGGGCUGGAGCCCACCUGCUUCGAGCAGAGCCGGGACAUCGGGGGGCUCUGGCGCUACACGGAGCACGUCGAGGCUGGCCGGCCAAGCCUCUACNNGUCGGUCAUCAGGAACACCUCGAAGGAGAUGUCGGCGUUCUCCGACUUCCCCUACCCCAAGGACUUCCCGGUGUUCCUGCCCAACGCCCUGGAGUACCUCCCGCACUAUGCCAAGCACUUCGGCCUCUGGGAGCACAUCAAGUUUGGGACCACCGUCGUCAGCAUCAGGAAACGCACUGACUUUGCCACCACGGGCCAGUGGGACGUGGUCACGGAGGUGGAUGGGAAGCAGACGUCGCACAUCUUUGAUGCCGUUAUGGUUUGCAGCGGCAAUUUCUCUGAGCCAUCCCUCCCCCUGCACUGUUUUCCCGGCAUCGAGAGGUUUCAAGGCCAAUGCUUUCACAGCCGGCAGUACAAGCAUCCCGAAGGGAUGCUUCAGGGGAAGCGUGUCCUCGUGGUUGGCAUGGGCAACUCGGGAGUGGACAUCGCAGUGGAGGCCAGCCGUGUAGCCGCGAAGGUACCACCACCCACCGAGGCAGGCGCCUGGGUGCUCAGCCGCGUGUUUGACCACGGCUACCCAUGGGACAUGGUUUUCAACACUCGUCUUAUGAGCUUGAUCAGAAACAGCCUCCCUGGACCCCUUUCAUGGGGGUUAAUUAACUACAGGGCAAACCAGUGGUUCAAGCACGAAAACUAUGGCCUUCAACCAGAGAAGAGCUGCUUGGUGCACAAGCCCGUGCUGAACGAUGACCUUCCAAGCUACAUCCUGACGGGGAGGAUCACCAUCAAGCCAGGCAUGAAGGAGUUCAAGGACAACUCGGUUGUCUUCCACAACUGCCCUGAGGAGGAGCCCAUCGAUAUUGUUGUCUUCUGCACGGGCUACGACGUCUCCUUCCCGUUCCUAGAAGAAGCAGUCGUCAAGGUGGAAAACAAGCACGCGUCCCUCUACAAAUACGUGUUUCCAACCCACCUGCAGAGGCCCACCCUGGCCGUCCUGGGGCUGAUCAAGCCGUUAGGACCCAUCAUGCCUGUGGUAGAGAUGCAAGUGCGCUGGGUGACCCGUGUCUUCAAAGGCUUGUGUCGGUUGCCUCCUCAGUCUGUCAUGGAGAAGGAAGUAAACGAGAAGAAGAAAAACCAAAGGCAAAGGUUCGGUCUGUCCUUUGACGAAGUCCUCAAAACCGAUUGCCUCAUCUACAUGGACAAGCUCGCCUCCUUCUUUGGCGCCAAGCCCAGCGUGCUGGGGCUGCUCUGCAGAGAUGCCCGGCUGGCUCUCACCGUUUUCUUCAGCCCCUGCACCCCCUACAAGUACUGGCUGGGGGGCCCCGGGUGCUGGGAGGGGGCACGCCAGGCCAUCCUCACCCAGUGGGACUGGACCCUGAAGCCCACGAGAACACGAGUCCCUGCCAGCUCCUCCAGCCCCUGCCCUUCUCUCCUUACUGUGGUGGGGUUUCUCCUGCUCCUGGUUGCCCUGGUUUUUAGUUUCCAGUAG